ACUGAAAUGCAGUCCUUCAGUUUCAACAAGUCUGCAUACGGACUAGGACCUUGCUUGACUACCAUCAAACAUACCUGAUUUUCAUGUAAAGUAAGGAAAUCUUAGGAGCUGAGUACUUUCGAGGACUGUUUGUCUUUCUCAUUAAGGAUUCGGACAGAGUCUGACUGUAAAGGAGACAGCUUUCGAUAAAGAAAACAAUGAAGAACGGCCAUCCAAGUGAUAACUGCACAGCAGAGAAUCUGCCACUGUACAAAUUUUACGCCUCUGUGAUGAUAAUGGAAUUCACCCUGGGUCUGCCGCUCAACCUCUCAGUGCUUUAUCUAUUCAUCUUCAAGCUGAAGUUCUGGAAAUCUAAAACCAACAACAUUUUCCUGUUCAAUCUCGUCUUGGCUGACGUUCUUCUGCUUAUAUGUUUGCCAGUAAAGGCAUAUCAGUUUCUUAAUGGGAAUCGGCGGAGUACAGAGGGAGCGACCUGCAAAGCCAUGCUCUUCAUGCUGUUUCUGAACCGAGGUGCCAGUAUCGCCUUCCUGACUGUGAUUUCAGUUGAUCGCUAUUUCAAUGUGGUUCAUCCUGGGAAAAAGAACUUUGCCAAGGCUUUUAAAAGGUCUCCUCAUAUCUCUUUCCUCAUCUGGCUACUGCUGCUCCCCCUGACUAUCCCCACCAUGCUGAAGUCCUUUGAGUGCUGUAAUAGUUAUGGGCGUGAAGAUGACACUCUAGUCGAGGACGUCACUGACACUCUGAGAGAGGUUGUGUUUUUCACCCAGAUUCUCAUCCCUUUCUUUGUGUUGGUCUACUGCACGGUCCGCAUUGUUAACAGACUAAAAAAGAAGACCGUAGGGGAUAGUACCAAGCUGCGUCGAGCAGUGUUUCUGGUCACCUCAGUAAUGUUGGUCUUUUCUUUCUGUUUCCUGCCUUGUACCAUAGCUAGAAUGGUUCUGUUGAUUGUGAGAGUUGAGAAUUUACCCGGAGCAGAAGCUAUAGUUGUUCAAGUCUUUGACGGUCUCAUGGUUUUGUCCUACAUGGAUUGUUUAGUGGACCCAAUUGUGUACUGCUUAAGCAGCACUAAGUUCAAAAGCCUCUACCUGACAACAUAUUGCCGCUGUCUACUGAGCGAAAAUGCAGAAAUAACUGAGAGCACAAUCUCAAAAGGAAACAACUCAAGCCCAAAACGCAACAACAAUAUAUUGUUGCAUAGCAUGUAAAAAGAGGACAUGAAAAUGACUGUUUUAUUACUGACUUCAUGACUGUUCUCAUGGUAAGACACUCAUGUUAGUUUGCCAAACCAGACGUGUUUAUGGUACCAUCAGCAUGUUAAACAGCUCAUAAUGACUGUGUUGUUACUAAUUGUCUGGGUCAAAUAACAAAGAUGUGUCAUUGCUGUUGUUUUUAAAGCUGUCUCUCUGGCCAUUCGUCCAUUUAUCUUAUUAUGUCAGGGGUUGAAUACUUCUUGACUCAAGACAUUUCAGGUUAACACUUGACUUGACACCCAGCGUCAUAACACGUAAUGGCACAGUCUUAACCAUGUCAUAAACUGUCCUAAUAGGUUCAUAACACUGUCAUGACCAAUAUAGUCACAUAUAUUGUGUUAUUUUAUGGCUGGUUAUGAAACCUAUAUGAGGGUGUGAAAAUGCACAAAACCUACCACGGUAAAAAAAAAGGCACCCACAAGACUCAUUGAGCCAUUAUUACAGAGCAGAAGAAAACCGACCAAUCUGAUGAGUAUUUGGCAAAACUAUUUUGAACUGGAAUAAAUGCUGCACUUAUUAACAAUGACCAACACAAUUCUAGUCAAAAUAGAUUGUAAGACAUUCUGUAGCCUACCAUUACUAUACCCAACCCAAAUCCAUUUGUUGCCAUUAUCAUGUAUCCAAGUGGUUUUCAAACUUUUUGACCUGCAAUCUCCAAAACAGAGUGGUAGAAAACAGGAAACCCUGUUCACGCAAAUGCGCAUGUGCACACGGUGAUGCAUUUUUCAAACUGAAGAUGUGCUACAGAAAUAAACUACGUUUUACACCUGCAUUUGGAGCUGAAAGACUUUCAUGUUAGUGGCCAAUAUCAACUAUGGAUAUUUCUGUAUAUAGCUAUGUACAUUUAUUGUUAUGUACAUUUAUUGUUAUGUACAUUUAUUGUUAUGUAUGUUAUUGUUAUGUACAUUUCUUGUAAUUCUUUAGAUUGAUUUGAUUUAAAAAAAAACUUUUGU